AUGGCAGCACGAGUCAGCAGAGUGAUGUUCCCCCUGCCGCUAACUUUGUUUGCAGGAGCCUCAGCGUUCAUCUGCCUCCUGGUUCCAACAGUGGCCUUCCAGCUGCCGCUGUGCCAGCUCAUGAACCAGACGGUGUCUCUGGAGAAGGACGGCUGUGCCCGGUGUCACCCAGUGGUGACGACCAUCUGCAGCGGGCACUGCAUCACCAAGGAUCCAGUGAGGAAGAUACGCUUCAGCAACGUGUAUCAGCGCGUGUGCACGUACCAGGACUACUACUACAAGACUUUUGAGCUCCCCGACUGUUUGCCUGGCGUGGACCCGACAGUAACGUAUCCUGUGGCUUUGAGCUGCCACUGCGGUGGUUGUGCCAUGGACACGUCUGACUGCACUUUCGAGAGCCUGCAGCCUGACUUCUGCAUGAAUGACAUUUCUUUUUACUACUAA